UGAAGCUCAAUUGCCUCUCUCUGCCACCGACUGCUCCAUCUCUCCUGUCAUUCUUUCUACGGAUUCACCUCCGCAUGCCGCGUCAAUGGAGGGCAACGCUGAAUCCCUCAACAUCAGCCCACAAUGGCUCGGUGCCGCCCUCAUCUCCGCGAUCGCCGUCUUCCUAGGCUACAGCUUUAUUCUGGGCCAAAAAGAAGCUCCCGUGACGUUCAAUGUACCAAUUCCGGCUGAAGUGCGAUCAAACUGGACAGGGAAGAAGUGGGACGACGUGCAGGGGGAGGAGAAGAAAAUACUCGAAGGCCAGGUUCGCGGGCAAUGGAGCCAGGAUCUUAUUAUGAGUUACUGUCCUGCCGACGGGAGGGUAUUGGGGAAUGGCACCAGACCCGCGACAGCAGAAGGGAUUGAUCGGGCCGUGCAGGCGGCGAAGAAGGCGCAGGUUGAGUGGGCGAGGACAACCUUUUCAGAGAGGAGGAAGGUAUUGAAGACAUUGCUGAAAUACGUUCUCGACCACCAGGAUGACAUCGUCACGGCUUGCUGUUUGGAUUCUGGAAAGACAAAAGUCGACGCUUCUUUUGGAGAGAUUCUUGUGACGACCGAAAAGCUGAAAUGGACCAUCGACCACGGCGAGAAAGCGUUGGCGCCCGAACGUCGACCGACUAAUUUUCUCAUGAUGUACAAAAAGAACAUGGUCACCUACGAGCCACUCGGUGUGGUCUCGGCUUGUGUCUCAUGGAACUAUCCCUUUCACAACUUCAUCUCGCCCGUCAUUAGUGCGAUAUUUGCUGGAAACGGCAUUGUUGUGAAGCCAUCGGAGCAAACGGCGUGGUGUACGGCCUAUUUCUUGGAGGUCGUUAGGGGGGCACUUUCCAGCUGUGGCCACUCGCGAGACCUUGUACAGACUGUUAUCUGUCUCCCUAAUGUUGCAGAUGUAUUGACCUCUCAUCCUGAUAUCUCCCAGUUGACUUUCAUCGGAUCAAAACCUGUUGCGCAUAAGGUGUGCGAAUCGGCAGCUAAAGCAUUGAUACCAGUGACGGUUGAAUUGGGGGGUAAGGACCCGUCUGUCAUCCUCGACGAUGCUAGCACGGUAAAGGAAUUGCCAGCUAUCGCGUCUAUUCUCAUGCGCGGCGUCUUCCAGUCGGCCGGGCAGAACUGUAUUGGUGUCGAGCGGGUCAUUGCACUUCCAGGGGUAUACGAAAAGCUUCUUGACAUUAUCACCCCGCGGAUCAAAGCCCUCCGGCUUGGUUCGAUCUUACUAGAUUCUGCUAUAAAGUCCGGCGAGAAACCAACGACACCGGACGUAGGCGCCAUGAUAUCCCCCGCAUCCUUCGACCGACUGGAAUCACUCAUUGAAGAUGCAGUGAAACAAGGAGCACGUCUUGUUUGCGGAGGAAAGAGAUACAGUCACCCCAAACACCCACACGGCCAUUUCUUUACUCCCACGCUGCUUGCGGAUGUAACUCCCUCCAUGCGGAUCGCGCAGGUCGAGCUCUUCGCUCCAGUAUUUGUCCUCAUGAGAGCCGACUCUGUCUCUCAUGCCAUCGCAAUUGCCAAUUCCACCGACUAUGCUCUCGGUGCUAGUGUAUUUGGAUACAACCAGAAAGAUGUCUCUGCUUGCGUCUCAGGUAUCAGGGCUGGUAUGGUUGCUAUAAAUGACUUUGGAAGCUACUACGCCGUGCAACUGCCCUUUGGCGGUGUCAAGGGGUCCGGAUACGGCCGGUUUGCUGGCGAAGAGGGACUGCGUGGUGUGAGUAAUAUCAAAGCAGUGUGUGCGGAUCGCUUUCCAAGAUUGAUGGCUACCAGGAUUCCUCCUAGGGUGGACUAUCCAAUUCAGAAAGGAGACGAUAUGAGACAAAAUGGGACCGGGGCGUGGGAGAUGUGCAAGGGAGUUGUUGAAACAGGGUAUCAGAUUACGUUUGGCGGAUGGGUGAGAGGGAUUAUUAGACUUCUGAGAAACCUGUGAACUGAUCCAGGGAGUUGUUUAGAGCUUGCAUCACGGUAGUGUCUAUAACCAAAGAAAGAGAAAAGAAAAGAAAAAAGAAACAUGGAAUUCAGCAAUAGAUAAUAAUUUAAUUCUAAACAAAUCUUACUAAAUGGGGUAUCUUUAAAGCUACAGUCAUUACAAAACACAUCCCAUGCCAUCACGCCCCUCAGAAAUCUCCUGAACAUACCUCCCUGCCAUCCCUCCUUGAGGGCUCCAUAAGUAGAACAUACUUCCUCCAGGGUUCUCUCUAGCGUGGGCAACCAGAUGCGGCAACUCCAUCAUCAGAUCCAGCAACCAGCUCCCAAGAGAACCGCCAACAUCCAUGGCGAACUGUGUAAUUUCAGGGUCAUCAGCCGGAAGCGACUCGGCGCUCGCGUGGAGGAGAACACGGAAUAACCUCGUGCUAUUUCUAUGAUCACCACCACGACGAUCGAUAAUUUCUCGGCAUACCCUGGCGGCAGUACGGAAAUGGUCCGCCGGGAUAGUGUAGAGGGGGGUUUCAAAUUCAAUUCCAUUUCGACGUUGUGUAUCAUCGUCGGGGGUGUGCAAACUUCGGAAGUAGAAUUCAUCCAAUUUAAGAAGGGUGGAGAGGACCGGGGCAUUUUCCGUGACGAGCGCAUUGUGGAUGCCCUGUUGUAAA